AUGAUAUCGUUCGGUUGUCCCUGGCGGCCGGCAGCCUCGAUUGCUCUGGCCGCCGUUCUGUUCAUCUCCCCUUUGCUGUCAUUUGGAGCGUCCGAGUUGCUCAAAACACCUGCUGCAUCACUGGAAGGCGCUGAAGGUCUCCAUGUGAUUGGGUUCGUAACGCUUGAUCAGCUUGUUGCCUCUUUGAAGGACUCCUCUCUUCGAGAAGCAUUUCUAGAGGCUCUUCCGAAUCAAUGGGCGCUCCCCAAAUUUGCUUCUUCAACGACGUCCGAGCUCAACCAGCUCCAAGCGUGGACGAAGAGCAUUCGAGAACGUUUUCCUCUUGGAGAUGCAGUCUCAAAUACCACUGCAGAAAUCUCCAAUCGGACUUCGUCUCUACGUGACAUACUCAGCAGCCUGACGCAAAGUGCGGGAAGCGACAAAGGAAGUUCACUUCCGUUGUUCUUCAGUGGCGACGUGCAAGGGAACCUGCCCCUGCUUCUGAAGGAGUUCGCCGCUGCACUCCCUCUGCGUCAUGGAUCUCAGGGUGACGAUGUAAAUCCUUCUCCAUCUCUGCAUCCUGUUGAAGAUGCUUUUGGGCUCUUGCCAAAGUUAGACCUUCUCAACACAAACCAUAUCUCCCAGAUCUUUGCAGUCCCAUCGGAACUGGCAUGGCCAGUUAGCCGACAGCGUCUCGAGCUGCUCCUGCCAGUCCUCACACGAUCAUCACAAGAUGGUGAAAGUUCGCUGCCAGGGUGGCAGAUCAAGGACUUCGACGGACUCUCAGCGCUGCGUGUGCGACUGGAAGAUCUUAUGGUCCCGCUUUCUCAAGCUGAUGGCAGCUUGCUGUACGCGACUCUGAAGGAUGCCCUUCCGGACUUCCAGUUGCCUGACAGUCUCGACAUUUUACCGUUGGCCACCCUUGAAAACAAAGAGCUGGGUUCAGUGGCAUCCCUGUGGAGCUCCGUGAAGGGGACAAUGCUUUCCAGAAUGGCAGUUCUCAACGGCGACGCACCGUUCCUUGUUGGACCUGUGCUGAAUCUCAACAGUCUUCCCAAAUUGCAGCUGGCCUCUUCCCCACUUAUACAAAGGCUCUCGGAUUCUACCAUGCCUCUUAAGCUCAAUUCAACACUAGGCAACCCGGCUGAUCUCCUAUCUUCUGUGAUGGAGGCGUUGGAAUCCGGAGUGGCAGUCGAUGACGGACUGAAGGACCUGUUCGUGAAUCGAGCCACUCGUCUGCAAGAGUCAGUCGUGUCACCGGUGGAAGCCUUUCUGAGACCAAACAACGGCACAGAAUCGAACAAUAUGUUUGAUUUCUUCGACAUGAAGCUGCCUUUCGUCGCGAUUCCCCGAGAUAGUCUUCCGGGCCUCUUCAUAUCGUUGAAGAACUUGAACACCCGUUGCGGUGAAGCUUCUACAGGGGAAGCUGGAGCUUCUUGCCCUCUUAACUUCCCAAGCUUUUCAACACUGCCUCUUGGAACACCUUUUGGCGAAGAGGGCCUCGACACCAUGUAUUCGAGAGUUGAGACUCUCUCCGAGCAAUUGCGGAUAGCAGUGGAACAGCUGCAAGAUCGUAUCAUGCGCACCCUAGCCGUCACCGAGCCCUCUGUACAAGGUCAGCCAGCCACAGAGAAAAAAGAGGAGACCAAAGACGCUGCGGCUCUCCGACAGGCCAUGGACGCCACUGUGAAGCUGGCUAAUACUAUGAACGCUGCCCUCCAAUUCACUAAAAAGGAGGUGAAGGCUCUGAAGCUAUUCAGUGCUCAUGCCGAAGACGGAUUGAGGAAUGGCGCUCUGCUUGAAGACCUCGGAGCUUCCGCAGCAAAUCUCCUCAAGCAAGGAGGAUCUGGUGGUUCUUCACCGCAGUUGCGGUCCUUCAUCGCAAAUAUUGAAGGGAGUCCCCUUCUCGCAGUCCCUCGGAGUGUAUACAACCAGCUACUGAAGGUUACAGCGGGGGAGCAGGAGCCGCAGCAGAGUGAGCAGCAGCAAGCGACAACCAUCAACGUCCGACGACGCAGAUUACAAGCCACAGGACAGACGCCGACAGCGUUGUCAGCUGGCCUUGGAGCAUUGGCGCCGAGAGAGGAUGGCUUAGUAUUAGUGGAUCCUCUGUUUUUUGGCAGCCUACUCAAUACUCUGCGUGGUGUAGAUGGUGCGGGUCUUCGGGGUGCCCUGAAGGACGUACUUUCUCGGGCAACUCACGGACUGGACGAUGGAUCAGGAGAGGCUCGUCCACUCUUUUCCUUGUCUCCACUCGUCGAGGACUUGUUUGCCAACAACUCCCUGUCCUUUCCAGCGCUGGCUUUUCCUACGGUCGACCUUCUGCGGACGGGAGUGUUCCCGGGUCAGUUGCUGAACGUUCCUCUCAGCCAGUGGGCUUCUUCCGGGAUUAUACCAGCUGACUUUGCGGGGCGAACACUGCCAGAGCUGCUCGACGUCCACGCUGCUGCUUCUCAGUUGAAAGCCCUCCCCCUCGGCGAACUUCUACCAGGAGCUCGUUCGGCCGCCGCUUCAAUGGGGCUGGACCUCCCGAGCACGCUCUUCGAGGACGGGAGCAGUUUGCUGGCACGGACGGUCGGAGACCUUCAGAUGAAUGCCCUCCUACCGCCCCAGCUGCUUCACAUACCGCUCUCGCAGCUUGUCGACGGUAACGGGGUCGUGGGACGGGAGAUCCUCGACCUGCCCCUUGGCAGUGUGCUUGCCGGAGGCGAAGCGGCGACGUCUCUCCUCGCACAUCCUCUGGGUGAUGCACUGGGUCUUCGUCCUGUUCUUGAGUCUCUCGCUAACCAUACUUCAAUGCCUCUGAAACUAGAUAUCCCCGACAUUGCCCGAGCCACCGCAGGCAUAUCGGGGGGGCAAGGGCAACUUCCCCAGCUUCUUUCGGCGAACGGUCUUCCAGGAGGAGCCGUUACGCUUCUCCCGGUCUCCGGAGAGUGGCUAUCCCUGACUGGAUUAGACAAAAUCCGACCUAGCGGGGGGGCCACAGCUUUUGUUGGAAAUCUGACUGAAAGGGCAGCUGCAGCCGCCAAUGCUGCUACCAGCGGGAGCUUCUUGGCCGGACGUGCUGGAGCGAGUUCGGGUUCUACCGAAGCAACUGCAGGAUUGUUUGGUAGACUACUUCCGAUUGGCGAUGCUCUCAAGAACCUCACCGCUCUUACAGGCUCGCCACUGGGCAACGAGCUGUUUUUCUGAGUUGUUGAGACCAAACACAUCGCCGGAUACGCGUAUCGAAAGACGCCUUUUGUUGUUAUACAUGGCCGCCGGUCACGCAAACACACACAAACUCGAUUCACAAAGCUGGUGACGAGCGAGUUCGCCGCGUAAAAUAAGAGUUCAACGGCUUUUUCAUUGGAGAGUCAAACGGGUCUUCCUUCGGUCGACCUUCUCCCAAGGUUCCAGGCAUGUUGCAGUUAUUUGAAGGAACUGGUUUCAGGGCUUCCCAACUCCUGUGGAACAGAACUGACGAAGAUCCUGUGCCUUGUUUCCAUUGUUUAUCCUCUCUUCAAAAGUGUGAUGAGCGACAAGAGACUGAAGCCGGAAGACCCCAUUGGAUGUCGG